AUGCUGAGAGAUCAAAUCCAUCGAUCACAUUUCUUUAACCUACCAUUGCUAGGUAACUCGUCCAUCAUCAAGCGCUCCACCUACUCCCCUGCAGUUCUCCGGCAACCAUUCCUAGCAAAGAAACACAGCAAUACUCGAAUUAACUACAGUUGUAGUAACAUAAAAGCUAAAUACUCCCCUUCAGUUGGCAAGUCCAUGACGAUGAAAGCUGUCAUCACUUUUCAACCCACCAUUAGUGACUCACUGGCCAACGUGACUGUGGGUCUUAUAAAGCAUGUGGUUGAUGGUGUUAAAGAUCAUUUAGAACGAUCAUUCUUGUUGGAGCUUGUUGCUGCUAAUCUUGAUUCAUCGGGUAAAGAGAAAGAGACGGUAAAGGCAUAUGCAAGUUACAUUGGAUUGGACGAUGAUGGAAAAUUAUACAGAUAUGAGUGCAUGUUUGAGGUUCCUCAAGAAUUUGGGAAGAUAGGCGCAGUGUUGAUAGAGAAUAAACAUCAUAGCGAGAUGUAUCUCAAGAAUGUUGUUCUUGGUGAUGACGAAAUCACUUUUACUUGUGAGUCAUGGAUUCACUCCAAGCACGAUAACCCUGAUAAAAGAAUAUUUUUCACCAAUAAGGUUAGUUCUAAUUUGAAAAAUACAUGUUCUUCUAUUUCUUCUGUUUGA